AUGGAUAGUUUGAGAGAUAAGCCCAUCAAAUUCAUAUAUUCUGUUUUCUGCUCAGUUAUUUUAUUAUUCGCCUGUAAGUACUCCACGGCGGAGCUACCACGGUUGGUCCAGCCACCAAAAUCAGAUGGUACCCUCAGUUUUCUCGUCGUCGGCGAUUGGGGAAGAAGAGGUUCUUAUAAUCAAUCCCAAGUAGCAAUUCAGAUGGGGAGAACAGGGAAGGAUUUAAAUAUCGAUUUCGUCAUUUCGACUGGAGAUAACUUUUAUGAUGACGGAAUAAUCAGUCCAUACGAUUCUCAAUUUCAAGAUUCUUUUACCAGGAUUUACACAGCAUCUAGCUUACAAAAACCAUGGUAUAAUGUGUUAGGAAAUCAUGAUUAUAGAGGUAACGUCGAUGCGCAACUCAGUCCCAUGCUAAGGGAUUUGGACUGUCGAUGGAUUUGUUUAAGAUCUUACGUUGUUAAUGCCGAUAUCGUCGAUAUUUUUUUCGUGGACACAACACCGUUCGUAGAUAAAUAUUUUGUUGAACCAAAGGACCAUGUCUAUGAUUGGAGUGGCGUAUUACCAAGAAAUAAGUAUCUUAACAAUCUAUUAACGGAUGUGGAUGUGGCGUUGCAAGAAUCAGUGGCAAAAUGGAAAAUAGUGGUAGGUCACCAUACAAUCAAAAGUGCAGGUCACCACGGUAUUACCAAAGAGCUUGAGAAACAAGUUUUACCUAUCCUCGAGGCUAAUGAAGUGGAUCUCUAUAUAAACGGGCAUGAUCAUUGCUUGGAGCAUAUCAGCAGCGUUGACAGUGGAAUACAGUUUUUGACAAGUGGCGGUGGGUCCAAGGCGUGGAAAGGAGAUGUAGCUGAGUGGGACCCAAAAGAGAUGAGGUUUUACUACGAUGGACAAGGAUUCAUGUCGGUUAAUCUAUCGGAAGCCGAACUACGCGUCGUUUUUUACGAUGGUUAUGGUCGCGUUUUGCAUCGUUGGAGCACUUAUGAAAAGGGGCCUUAUUCCGAUGUCUAG